CACUCUCCACUCCACUACACUCCCACUAGCCUACUCUCGGUUCUCAGUCACUGCUGCACUGUGACUAUCAACAAUCUUCUGGAAUUGUACGAUAUGAGAAUGCCAGAAGCGAUGAGUACAACUUCAUACCGGACCAUAUCAGUCAACUCACAGCCUUAUUUGUAUCUGAGAAUACAGUUAACUGUGGAAGGCGAAGAUGCUGACAAGAUUACCCCAGUUCAGUUCAAAUUUUUGAUUGUGCAAGCCCUGAAAGAAAAUAUGGGAGAGGUGGGUGCUGCAACACCUGUCGAUGUGUUGAAGUUACUUGGACAGGGAAUUGCUUUGUUGAGGAUGCCAAACAGGAAUGCUGAGCGACUGUGGGCGGCACUGACACUGUAUGGGAGAACACCCUCGGACAAGCGAUGUGCCUUCAGAGUAUUACAGGUGUCACCUUUCCUUAUGGGCUUAGCUUUUGACUCGAGAGAGGGCAGAUGAUGAUGAUGGCGAUCUUUAAGUGGAUUGGAUUGUAGAGGCAGCUCUUGUUGGACUGGGUUUUAUUUUUUUAUUUUUUUCGGGAGGGUACUUUGCUCAACUCAUGUUCAACAAAGACCAGGACUCUCAAUGCUAUUUAGUUCUAUCAGUGGGAUAUUACUAUUGAUAUUACUUGUUGUGCCUGAUGAAGUUCUGGUUUUUAUGGAAAACACACAUACAUAGCUAUAUAAUAUUUAUCUAUUAUAUGUGUGUGUGUGUGUGCUUCAUUUCCAUUAUUUCUAUACCACGCUUGAGUGUUGUGCAAAGAACGAAGAAAACAUCCUUGAGAACAAAUGUUUCUUAUUUUCUUCCCAACAGUAAGGUAGCUAAAAUUUUAAUCUUAUACUUGAUGGCCAAAUGUCUUUUGAGACCCUUGUUCAUAUUAUAGAUUUUUUUCAUUUUUUUGUCCAAUGAUACUAAUUACAAUGCUUAAUCAUUGAAAUCUAAUUACAUAGACUCGGAUUACUUUUGAGUUAUCAAUGCCUUAUGUUGUGUUGUGUAGGAAAACUUUUGGCCUUGUCAUUGGUUUGUUUCUAAACUAUAAAUGUUCUCGUGUUGAUCCUAAGAAAGGCAAACUUUUUUAUAGGCUGAAUGCAGACUUGUUUUUUGUUUGUGUAUUGUUGUCAGUUGGUGCUUACACAGAAAAUGAGGCCAUUUGAUAUAUCAGAUCUGAUUUUGAUUUGCUUGAUGAAUUGCAGAUACUAUUUCUUAUGGAUGGUCUGAAUGAUAUGGGGAAUUUAUGCAUGUAGUUUUUGGUGAAAGGAGUACAUUUGUUAUAGCGUGCAUCUUUUUUUAGUCUUUAUGUGAGAUUGAGCAGAUAGAUGGAUUAUAUUAUACUGUGAUUUUGUCAUAUAUUUCUUUUUAUCGGAUGACUUAAUGAGGUUGAGAAAUUUUGGUGGUUUGCUGUGGUGAGAAGUGAGAGUUUUGUCAUGGCAUGUAUGGAUUAUUUUUAUGAGUGUGUUCAUGAGUAAAUGCACGGAUGUACUAGUAGUGUGUAUGUCUUUCUACUCCAUUAUCAUUAAAUUGAACAACAGCAUACAGAUUUAAUUAAAAUUGACUUAAAGUUCUGUUAAAAUG